UCUGCUUUCUCCCUUAUACACACGAUGGAUCAUAUUAGGGUUUUAUUCUCAGUUUCUCUUCUCUUCGCAUUCCUCGUCUCCGUUUCGUUUUGCGAUAACGACGACGGCGAUGAUAUUUUGAUCCGGCAAGUGGUUAACGGAUCGGAGCCGAAAGUAUUAUUAUCAUCGGAGGAUCACUUUUCUCUGUUCAAGAGGAGAUUCGGAAAGGUUUACGGUUCUCUCGAGGAGCACCGCCACAGAUUCUCUGUUUUCAGAUCUAAUCUCCAGAGAGCGAUGCGUCAUCAGAAGAUGGAUCCUUCUGCUCGCCACGGCGUCACGCAGUUCUCCGAUCUGACUCCUUCUGAGUUCAGGAGGAUGCAUUUAGGGGUUAGAGGUGGGUUUAAGCUUCCCAAGGACGCUAACCAGGCGCCGAUUCUUCCUACGGAGGGUCUUCCUGAGGAUUUUGAUUGGAGAGAUCGUGGAGCUGUUACUCCCGUCAAAAAUCAGGGAUCAUGUGGAUCAUGUGGAUCGUGCUGGAGUUUCAGCACUACGGGCGCGCUUGAAGGUGCUCACUUCCUCUCAACUGGCCAACUUGUUAGCCUCAGUGAACAACAGCUCGUUGAUUGUGAUCACGAGUGUGAUCCUGAACAGGAAGGUUCAUGUGACUCUGGUUGCAACGGCGGCCUAAUGAACAGCGCCUUUGAGUACACCCUCAAAACCGGAGGGCUUAUGCGAGAGGAAGACUAUCCCUACACAGGCACUGAUGGUGGGACCUGUAAGUUGGACAAGUCUAAGAUUGUUGCCUCUGUUUCCAACUUCAGUGUUGUCUCUAUUAACGAAGAUCAAAUCGCUGCAAAUCUUGUCAAAAACGGUCCUCUUGCUGUGGCUUUAAAUGCAGCUUACAUGCAAACCUACAUUGGAGGAGUCUCGUGCCCUUACAUAUGCUCGAAGCGGCUCAACCAUGGUGUGUUGUUGGUGGGUUAUGGCUCGGCCGGUUUUUCUCAGGCAAGGUUCAAGGAAAAGCCGUAUUGGAUCAUCAAAAACUCAUGGGGAGAAACCUGGGGCGAGAAUGGUUUCUAUAAGUUAUGUAAAGGCCGUAACGUUUGCGGCAUUGACAGUAUGGUUUCCACCGUCGCUGCCGCUGUCUAGAGGGUUUUUAUUAUUAUUAAGCAAUCUGAGCUCUUUAGCAUUUGUCUCUUGUUCCAGUUAUAAAACCUGUAAAUAAAUUAAAAGAAAUG